AUGGCGACUCGGUCCAAAGUGCGCGCGUACGUGCAGUGGAAGGAGAACAGCGUAUUCGCGGGCGAGGAGAUUGAAUGCAUCAUCAGCUUCAAGAACACAUGCGACGACGGCUCGCGACAAACAGGGCAUGAGCACACGACGAAGGCAAGACACAAGCCUGCACAGAGACAGCGGACGGUAACGCAUUCGACGCAGCAGCUCUCGACGGCACCCUCUGUGGCUCCAUCGGUAGCUGGAUCAAGGUCGGCGCAAUCGCGAGGACACCGACCCGCCCUCUCUCUCAGUGUCUACCCUCCACCAUCGCCCGCUCAUGCCAGACUGCCCAGUCAUGCCGCCAGCAACACGACCACAACGACAGCCCGUCAUGCAGCUCCUCAUGGCCGCUCUCUGUCCAUCAUCUCAAUGGGCAGCGACCAGCUCUCAAACACGCCAAUGACGUCGCGUCGCCCUCCUGCUCGUGGCCAUGGCCGCUCGGCCAGUAUGCAGGUCCUCUCGCGCGCUCCCUCAUACCAGGCUCCGUCUUUGUCCUUCAGCUCGUAUAGGAACCCUUCUCCGCUACAAGACCAUCACCCUCCGCUGACUCGUCGCACUUCUGGUAUUCGGACUGCCCCAGGCACUCCUGCCUUCAACUUUCCUUCGCCCGUUACUGCUCAACAUGCUCCUCCUACGAAUACCUCUCCGCAGAGGCCUCCCUCUGCAUCGCACAUGAUGCCUCCGCCACGCCAUCCCUCCGCCUCGUCCGCUUCCUUCCCUCCACCUAGCUUCUCAUUUCCUCCAGAAUCUCCUGGCGCUUCCCGAAGAGGUACUCCUGCAAUUGGCCGAUCUCCUGUGCCCGACUUCCAAUUUCCUCCUAGAAGUCCGGCUCCGCAACAGAGACCACAGCAUUCUUCCUCUCCAAAACCUCCAGACGCGUCUGCAUCUUACGCCAACCCGCUUUCUCGUAUCAUAUCUGAGGCCGGUACGAACGAUACCCCUCGCACUAGCAGCGAUUUCUACUCCUUGACAAACCACUCGUCCGAGACCGUGUCGUCUGAUGCUGCCCCACAGCCACCAAGUAGGAUCCUGCCCAAGCCUCACAACGGACGCAAUCCACAAGCUCCGCCUACGAGUAUGCCUACAACUCAAACGCAAGAGACUCUUAUGAUGGGCUACGUUCAGACCAUGGGCUCUUUCAUACUAGACGGUUCAUUGGUCAACCAGGCGCCUUUCGAGGAUGUGAAACGGAAAGGUGUCGUAGGGGGCCAAGGAGGUGGUGGUGUGGUCGGUGUCGAGAAAUCAAAGCGUGAGAGUGGUAUAUUUGGUUUUGGCUGGGGCAACAUUGGUGAGAGUCUAGGUGGUCUUUUAGGCGGGGGUGAAAUGAGCAGUAUCAAAGAGAUGCGGUGUGUCGCAAGCUCAAAGACUAUCCCAUUGCUCAGCACUCCUCAGUCCAUUCUCUUUGUCGAUCUGCGACUUGCUCCAGGAGAGACCAAAAGCUACUCAUACCGCUUCCGCCUACCACGAGGACUACCACCGUCUCAUAGAGGCCGGGCAAUCAAGGUCAUGUAUCACUUAACUCUCGGCAUACAGAGGCCAGGAGGUAAACAGCAGGUCAAGCAUCUAGAGAUCCCCUUUCGGGUGCUUGGCAGUGUCAAUAAUCGAGGAGAAACUCUGGGACAUGAUUUGAUGUCUCCCUACAUACUACUGAGCGACAAGGCUAGAAGCCAAAGUAUCGCGCUUAGCGGGUCAAAUCCGCAAUUUCCUUCAACGAAAUCACCCUCAGAACGAAAAUUGUCGUCUACUUCUCUAGAUGACUUCUUGUCAUACGCAGACAAAUUGUUCGCACAUCCAGAGUCAGAGUCUGGUGCACUACUAUCACCCACCGCCGAAAAGCCUGCACGUAGGCGGUCUUCCGCGGACGAAGCUUCGCCAAACAACAUGAAAGAGGCUAUAGACAUGGCUAUUCUGAGGUCAAACGUUUCUUCAGGAUCGUCAGAACAACUCACACAAUCUAGUAAUCGCUUUACCAUAGCUCGAGGCGGCCAGCUUGUUGCAGUAGUAACAAUUGUGCGACCAGCCUAUCGCCUAGGCGAGACCAUUACGGGGACUAUCGACUUUACCCCACCUACAUCAGAUACCGAGUCUGUAACAGAUCAAAUUCCGAGUUAUGCAAUCAAUGUAUGGCUCGAGACGACCGAACGAGUGGAUCCUAGCCUAGCUUUACGAUCGUCGUCAUCCGUGCAGCGCGCCACGAGGAAGAUACAUGCUCAUGUUAGCGAAGGCGUACUAUUUGCUCGCAAAGUGUCUUUUAGACUUGAGAUUCCCACCACGGCCACGCCGACAUUUGAGACCACGGGUGUGCAGCUGGAUUGGCGUGUCAGGGUCGAGUUUGUCACAGCUCGAGUACGGCCAAAGGCAGUCCGUGGACUGGGCAUUGAAGAGAACGAGGUCGGCGCCGAGGAAGAUGAAUCUGCAUUGACACCAGAGAAGGAAGAAGACGAUCUGCUGGAAGAAGUCGGCAGGGAUGAAAGAGGCGUCGUGAGGAUUGCGAAAGAACGACUCAUCGCCGAGACAUUCGAAGUCGCAGUACCUAUACGUGUGUAUGGUGUUGCGGGAACCGGAGUCGAUGGGCAAGAGGCCAAAACUGAUGGUCUCGAGAUUUGA